AUGGCUGGCGAGGGGUCUGGCGAGUCUGGUGGUCGCUUCUGGGGCCUGUCCCUGCUUCGGGAUCAGCUGCAGGCUGACCCAAAGAAGGCUGCUGUGGAGCUUUACGAGGAGUACUGGCUUCUUAGUGGAAAGGAGCUGGCGUUCGUUGUCACGAAGUUCUUGGUGUUUGACUCUUUGCGUGAAGCGAUACUCUUUGUCGUGCCGGCUUUUGCCGAGGCUCAGUCCUUACUUGUUGCCUGUGGGUGCGGAGCCGUCGCCGGCGCGCUCGGAGCCAUCACGUCGCACCCCAUUGAUACUCUCUUUGCCCUCCGAACGACCGGAGGAGCAAAAGAUGAGAUUCCCAGCCUGGAUAGGCUUUUCCGUGGUGUCGGAGCACGAGUUCUGAUCUACUCGCCGGGCAUUGCGUUGACAUUUUUGGUAUACGACGCUGCGAAAACUUGGUUCGGCGUGGGAGGAGGUGCUGUGAUGCAGACACUGGACUUGUUGAACCCGAGCCCCUGA